AUGACCAAGUCCCAUGCUAUCAAAGCUUUGUUACAACAACAGAUCCUCUCUGGCAGAAUAUCCCAGUGGUUGUUGCAAUUGUCACAGUACGACUUGAGAAUGGGGACACCUAGGGCGGUGAAAAGCCAGGCUAUAGAGGAUCUAUUAGCACAGUUUCCAGGAGAAGAAGAAUUCCCGCUGGAUGAUGAAGUUCUAGGGGAAGUAGCCAUGACAGAAGAGGUCAGAGAACAAUGGGUAAUGGAAUUUGAUGGGUCUUCUACUACCCAGUUUAGAGGGGUGGGAGUAGUUUUGUACCAUGAAGAAGACAAGGCAGUGGCGCUAUCGUUCAAACUAGAAUUCCCAUGUUCAAACAAUACCACAAAAUACGAAGCCUACCUAACUGGGCUAGCCACGGCUCUCGAAAUGAGAAUCAAACAUUUGAGAGUAUUAGGAGAUUCGAACCUAGUCGUCUACCAGACCAAGGGAAGCUUCUCCUUAAAAGAGCCUAGUCUAGCCCCAUACAGAGCAAUGGCCCAGAGGAUGGAAGAAAAAUUUUCAACUUUCGAAAUAGAGCAUGCUCUAAGGAAUGAAAACCGGUUUGCGAACGCAUUAGCCGCACUAGGGUCACAAAUAAUUUUCGAAGGGGAUAGCACUAGGAUAGAAGUCAGCAAAAGGGAAGAAUUCAUCAUUGAGGUGUUGAAGGAAAGGUUCCGAGAGGAACAGUGCAAAGGGGAUUGGCGGAUCCCCAUAAGGGAAGUCUUGAUGAGGGGAGAAGAUGCCGCAGAAUUAAAAAUACUAAAAGACUACGCCCUGGUGAGAGAAGAGUUGUACCGCAGGAUGCCAGGUGGGGUCUUGUUCAGAUGCGUGGGGCAGGAGGAGGCCCAGAGAAAAUUGAAAGAAGUACACGACAAGACUUGCGGAUCUUGCGGGGAGGUCAGCCUUUACCGUAGACUUCAAAGUACAGGCUUCUACUGGCUAAGUAUGGGUAAAUAUGCAGAUCAAGUCCAAACCCAGUGUGGGACCUGCCAGCUUGCGGCAAAUAGAGAUGAAAGUUUCGAUGUGUUCAUCAGCGAAGAUUGGAGAAGCCCUUUCAUACAGUACCUAACAGAAGGCAUCCUGCCACAAAAGCAUAGUGAAAGAUACAAGCUUAAGAGGUUGGCAACACGUUACUUUUUGCAUAAUAUGGUCAUUUUCAAAAAAGGGUACGAUGGGGACCCUUUGAGGUGUUUGGGCCCUGAAGAAGCAAAAGAAAUGAUAAAAGAAGUACAUUCAGGAGAAUGUAGGGAACACCAGGGGAAGAAAAAGCUCUACAGAUGCUUGCUGCAGAUGGGCUACUAUUGGCCUACCAUGAAAAGAGAUACAGCAGAAUUUGUGAAAACGUGCCACAGUUGUCAAGUACAAGCCAACUUGAUUCACACCCAUCCACAGAAUUUACAUAGCAUGGUCACCCCAUGGCCCUUCCACACUUAG